AUGCUCAUAGUUAAACAUGAAGAAACGAUUUCAUCACAUGCAGAUGAUGGAAGUUAUUCGAAAUCUAAACAACAAAAAAAUAUGAAGUUCGAAAGGUGUAACAUGUUGGGACACGCAAGUCUCGUGUUAUUUCAUCUCAUCACCUUGUUACUACUACUUUCGAAUAGUAACAACAAGUUUAUUCACGGAGCAGUGUCAUGGAAACAACCAGACUAUCGAAUCACCACAGUCAAUCCUCUACAAGUAUCAACAAAUCCUGAAGGUAACAAACUAUACGAUUUCAAAACAAAUGCUCCCUAUGCUAUUGAUUUUGACGCACAAGAUAACAUGUACAUUCUCGAUUAUUCAAAGUGGGUCCUAAAGGUCAAUACAAGUAGUGGUACUAUAAAAACAUUAAUGGGAGUUGCUGUAGGUACAGAAUCUGAUGUGGAUGGUGUUGAUGGAACAACAGUACCUGUUGGAUACUUUAAAGACAUGUCAGUCAAUCCAAAGAGUGGUGAAGUUUAUCUUGUGGGAAACAUGAAAUUGAAGAAAAUUAACACCAAUGGUAAAAUUUCCAACUAUAAUGUCAAUAAUUUUGAUGUUACCAAUAUCUAUGGAGAUGGUGGAAUGGCAAUCAAUUCAAAAGUUUCGGAUAAUGUUGAAAGUGUUACAGUCAAUUCGAAAGAAGAAAUUAUCUUUUCUGAUAAGAACAGAAUAAGAAAGAUUUUUAAUAAUGGCACCAUAACCACAGUAGCUGGUACUGGUUCUCCUAGUGACUCACUCAUGAACACUCCAAAGGGUGUAUGCACCGAUUUAUCAAAUAACAUUAUCUUUAUUGAUUGGGGAACGAAUAGAAUUAAGAAAAUUUCAGCAAUUGAUGGAUCAAUUUCUGUAGUGGCUGGUAAACUUAAUCAAGUCGGUACUUUUCCUGCAGAUAAAUCACUUGCCAAUAACACAGCCAUUACUCCAGUGAGCAUUGCAGUGCAUCCUGUGAGUGGUGAACUGUAUUUUGCAACAAUGUAUACUAUUUCAAAAAUUGGCUCUGAUGGAUUGAUUUACAGAAUUGCAGGAAAUGGUUCAAUUGGAGUGGAUAAUACUGUACAAGCAGCCACUAAUGCCAUGCUUUCUUCAAUUAUUCACAUUUCUAUUGGAAAGAAUUCAGUCUUGUACAUGAUUGAUGGUUUUCGUGUGAGACAAAUUUCAUCCAAUGUUAUCACCACACUAUUAACUGAGAGUUCAACUUUCCCUCCUAAAUUUGUCUAUCAUUACAACAGUUAUGUUUACUAUACAGUGUCAUGUCAGAUAUUGAAAUUCCCAGACAAUAAUCCUUCUGUUGUUACUACCAUUCUUGGAUUGAGAGGAACUUGUGUUCAAUUUUUUGGUGUUAAGAGACAAGUUGAUAUGACUCAAAAUUACCUCUCCUUUGAUGCAAUGACAGCAUUCACAAUGUCAGCUUCAACAGGAAGAAUGUACUUUUCAAAUCCAAGAAGAAUGUGGAACAUUACAGAUGGCUACAUUUAUCCAAUGGUUUACAAUUAUGGUGAGAAUAUUGAUAUUAAGGAUGGUCUCAUUGAAAAUGACGCCUCGUCUUGCUUUGAUAAUUCUGGAAAUUUAAUUCUUGGAGAUAAUUUUAGAUUGAGAAAGUUGAAUACAACCUCUCAUAUAGUCAACUCAAUUAUUGGUAAUGAAAGUCCAAUGGUGCCAUUUGCUUGUACUGUUGCUCCUAAUGGAGACAUUUACUUUAAAGAUAAUCAAGCCAUUAAGAAAUUGGAUGCUUCAACCGGUUUGACAACAACUUUAGAUACUGUACUAGCAGAUCACAGAUCCCGCAAUUACAAAAUCAAGUUAUUGCCUUCUGGUGCUUUGAUUUAUACCGAUUUACAAUAUGUCAUUGCUUAUUACAACAAUCAAAAGACUACUAUUGCUGGAAGUGUAGCCACUGGUCCAUUUUCUGGAGAGGGUGGAAGGGCUGUUGAUGUUGUUCAAAAUGCUUUCCUUGUUGGUUUGACUGCUAACAGUAAGGGUGAAAUCUUCUACUCUGACGAGACUGCCUAUAUCAGAAAAUUAACACCAUACUGUAGUGAUACUUCAACCUAUUUGGAUUCAACGGGUACUAAAUGUUUGGUUUCCUCAUGUUUUGGAGUUGAUUAUAAUAUUAAUUCAGUUUGUUCAGGACAUGGUAAAUGUGUUUCGAAUGAUGUUUGUAAAUGUAAUGAUGGCUACUCUGGAUUAAAUUGUGAAAAGUUCACAUGUUUUGGCUUGAACAAUACAGAUCCAAAGGUAUGCUCAGGAAAUGGAACUUGUGUCGAUAUUGAUUACUGUUCAUGUACUUCUGGUUAUCAACCAGAAUGUAAAGGUUACGUUUGUUUCGGUUAUCCAAUGGACAAUUUUAAGGUCUGCUCCUCUCAUGGAAAAUGUAUUGGCAAUGAUAAGUGUGAAUGCGACCCAACUUACAAUGGAACCAAGUGUGAAAAUUACUAUUGCUUUGGUUUAUCUGCAUCUGAUCCUAAUGUUUGUAAUGGAAAUGGAAAGUGUAUAGAAACUGACACUUGUUCUUGCUCAUUUGGCUUCCAACCAAAUUGUUAUGCUCACAAAUGUUCAGGAAAGGUCUACAAUGACUCAUCAGUUUGUUCCUCAAGUGGUAAAUGUGUUGCCGAAAAUACAUGCAUAUGUACUAAUGGUACCAAUGGACCUAAUUGUGAAUUCCUCUCACUCUUAUUGGAUAUCCAAGGAAGACCAACUCUCAAAACUGUUGCGAGAAUAUUCACAUUGCUAGGUAAUCCUGUCGAUAAUUGUGCCACUAUUUUUGCAAGCAAAGAAUUGUCCUAUCUUGGAAAUGAUCCAAUUUGUAAAUUUUCAGCUAGUGGUCUGGAAAUUAUUUUGGGAUCUGGUUUCUCAAUUGAUAAUGGAACUUUCUUGCCAACUCAAUCAUUUGACGGAUGGAAGUAUGAUUUUAGAGUACAGGCUGGAUCUGUUUGUGGUAGCUAUGCUCAAACUUCCUUAACUCUCGAUUUUAGUUCUCAAACAAACUCUUUGCAAAAUUUGAAUUCGGACACCAUUUUGAGAAUAUCUGAAACUGAUUAUUCUCAAUCAUUUGGAAGAAGUAUUUCAUGGACAGGUCCUUCUGAUUUAGUUCCUCUCGUUUCUCCAAAUCAAAAGGUUGUGAUCAUUCCUAAAGGUUAUUGGAAACCAGGAAAUAAUCUCCCUGUUACAGUCUCCACCAAGACUUCUCUGUGUGGAACCAAUUCGAAUAGUAGAACAUUUACAUUCAAGACUGAUUCUACCGCUCCAUCCAUUGACAUCAUGACAGACACUCCUUCUGGUAAAUUGAAUUGUGUGGGUUAUGAUUGUUUAUUUGAAUUUUCUCUUUCACCUGCAGGAUCAUACUCUGCACAGAUCAAAUUUGAUGGAGAUUAUUCAUUGAUUACCUCAAUUUCUUCAAUUCCAAAUUUACAAAUUGCCAGAUUAUCAAACUAUUAUGACAGCACCACUUACUUGGGUGUUAAAUAUUAUGGAACGGUCAAUUUACAAUUGCUGUUCAAUUCAGUUAUUUAUUCUUCUACAUAUCCUAUGCAGUAUUUGGCAUAUGAAAGCUCUCAAUUAUUUAUUAAUAACUUGAACAGAGGUUUUAGAAAGGAUCAAUCUGAAUUGACCUUUAGUUUGGUUUCUCAAAAUCCGUUACUUCUCACGGUCAAUCCAGGAGCUCUUCCAAUCACUUACAAUUGGACCAUCUCAAGCGGAAACAAAAUUAUUGGACCAUUCUAUACCAAUUCAAUCAGUAUUCCUAAUCCAGGUGUUGGAAAUUAUUCUCUUUCACUUCAGGUCAAUAACAAUGAUGAAUUUAGUGAAACCAUUACUGGUACCUUCUCUGUUUUUGACACAGUUGGCGCAAUUCCAGAUGUUUCAGUAGAUAGCUUUACCAAUCCAUAUCCUUUUAUCAAGACUCUUGAUUUGACAGCUACUGUAAACUCUACAACAUCUGUCAGUCAAAUUUAUUGGAAUGUAAUUUCAGGUUCCUUCUACAACUCACCUGUUCUAUCAAACUUUGCAUUUUCCCAAAAUAAUAUCAAGACAAGUCUAUCCAUUCCUGUUUCCUAUCUCAAGGAGGGUUCUAAUUACGUUUUCGAACUCAGAGUGACCAACUCUGUUGGAACUAAUAUUCAAAGAUUCAAUGUAAAGAUGGAUUACAAUCCUCGUUUCACAUGUGAUUAUUUCACCAGCUACAAUUCUUCUCAAUUGAAGGUAUAUGAAUCCAAAUUGAUAAUUUCAUGUAGUUCUUUUGAAAAUAAUAUGGCAUCAUAUGUCGUUGAUUUGUUUGAUGGAGAUGUAAAGUUAAUGACCUUGUCAAAUACUGCUAAGAGUAGUGUUAUUGCUAGAUUACCUUAUUCUUUGAAUGCAUUAUCAUUGAAUGUGAGAGGAAUUAAUAGAAAUGGAUCUUACAGAAAGGUUGUAAAAUCAAUUACUGGUCCUUUCCUUAAUUUCCCUUCUUCUGAUCUUUCUGCUAGAGUUUCGUAUGUUUCCCAGCAAUGGACAAGUGUGAAAGCUGAGAAUAUCAAGAUGGAUACUGCUUCCUCUAUUUUAUCAUUAUUGACCUAUCUUCAAAAUGGUAAACAAACAUUCGAUGAUUUAUCAGGAUUGAGUGAUUCAUCUAAGCAAACCUUGACAACUGUCAUGGUUGAAAUGAUCUCUGCUUUAAAGUCUAUUACAACAAUUGGUUAUCGUGCUGAUGAUAAGAUUUCUGCUGUUCUCCUCUCACCUACCCUUAGAGUUGUCAAACUGGUAAAGACCAUCCUGCCAACUGUCUACUCCAAUCAAAAGUCCGAUAUUCAAUACUUGACUAGUUUUAUUGUAAAGGGUGUUGAAUCUGUGACUUCUUAUUAUUCAGCUAAUAUGGUCAGAGCAUUGGUUGAUGGAUUAACCUUCAAUGAAACUGUCUCCCUUGUACAAAAUGCUUACUCCUCAGCCGCCACUAGUGGAUUAUUGGGUCAAUUGACCAGAUUACAACUCAUUCUCAAGCCAGAUUUUUCACCAUUGAAUUCUGUUUCCUAUCAAUCACCUCAGGAAAUAAGUGGUAAAACAAUCACAUUGGGAGCUUCCAUCUCAUUCACAUUCCCUUCAAACUUUUACUCACAAAUUUCCUCAUCGGUUCCAUUUAGUUUGAUCAGCUCUCAGGAACAAUCCAAUUCCGAUGCUUCAUCAGCUACUGUAAGCAUUUCUCUUUUCAAAUCCGAUGGUUCAGCAUUUAAGGUUCAAGGAUUGACAAGCUUUAUUGAAAUUGUCUUUGCUGACUUGGUUUUCAAGAGCGAAAAUGUUAGUUGUGUCUAUUUUGAUGAAGUUUCGAAUGCUUGGAGUAGGGAUGGAUUGAUUACUACUCUUGUCAAGAAACAAACAGGUGGAUUUAAUGUCAAAUGUGAAACUAAUCACUUGACAGCUUUCUCUGUUGUUGUCAAUGAUGCAAUCACACCAGUUCAACCAACUCAAUCGCCAGCAAAGAGUGGCACCACUACUACAACUACUGACAAUACAUUGGCUAUUGUUCUGGGUGUGGUCAUUCCUUCUGUUGUGAUUAUUGCAGCAAUUGUCACAGUCAUCAUUGUUGUAGCAAUUGUUUGCAUGAGAAAGAAGAAGAAAGGACAGUCAACAAAUCAACCUAAGCUUACCAAACUUGACAGUGUCUAUGAACAACCUAACAUAUCUGCUUAUGAACAUUCAAAACCUCAUGACAUUUUGACAGAUACUGAACUUUCUGUCAUGUCUGAUUUCCCAUCAAACAAUAGCAUGUUAAUCAAACCAUUAAUGAGUGUUUACACAAGCACUGGUUCAACAUCAAGCACUUCUUCUAAAUUUGAUCCAAUGUCCAGAUAUAAGAAUCUUGUUAGAAUUGGUCAAGGCGGUUUUGGAAGUGUUUUCAAAGCAGAAGAUGCCAAGUGUGGAAAUCAACUCAAAGCCCUCAAAGUUAUCAAAUAUUCAUCAGUGGAAGAAUUGAACAACAUUUUGAAGGAAGGAAAUCGUUUAAUGAACAUUUCACAUCCAUACAUUCUCCAUGUGAAUGAUGUCUUGAUUGACUCUGAUCAAAUCCUAUGUAUUGAUAUGGACUAUUAUGAAAAGGGAGAUUUAAAUCAAUUUGUAAAGGUUGGUUCUGAAUGCCCUGAAAAUAUUCUCAAACAAAUUCUCUAUCAAAUGUGUAAUGCUCUCGAUUAUGUUCACAACACUUUACAAAUUGUUCACAGAGAUAUCAAACCAUCGAAUAUUUUCAUUAAGGAAAUGUCUCAAGAUAGUAUUCAUUUGAUUUUAGCAGAUUUUGGAUUGGCUAGACAAACUCAAGGAAGUGUCAUGUUUUCCUAUGCAGGAACUCCAUUGUUCAUGUCAACUGAGUUAGCUCUCGGUGGUAAAUAUACUGCCAAUACUGAUAUUUAUUCAUUGGGUGUGACAUUGUAUCAAAUUAUUACAAAGGAUGUAGAAACUUCAUUGUCUCACAUAUCGCUCACUAUGGAUACAGCCGAAUUUGAAAAGACUAUUAGAAAUAAGAUGAAACAAGCCAACCCUGCACUUUCGGAUGAAUUAUUGGACAUUAUUGUGAGCAUGUUGAAGAGAGAUUAUGCCACAAGACCUUAUCCAAAGGAUAUUCUCUCCAAUUCCUACUUCCAAUAA